UCAAUCAGAUAUUGCGAUUGGAUGCAUGUGAUCAAGGGUGCAGAGAAAAUGCAAUUUGCAAUUGGCUCAUGUGCUUCAAGGAGGGGUUAAUCGAGAUAACCCGGAAAAGAAGGAAGAACAGCGCCUCAGUACCGAGACCGACCGUAGACUGUCAGUCUUAUCAUGGCUGGAGCUGGAGGUGACAAGCCUUUCGCCAAGGCCAGCCCAAGCCCUUUAUCUCGGGUUUUGAGAAUCAGUCAGCUGGAUGCUUUUGAACUGGAUGGUGCACUGGAACAGCUUGUUUGGUCACAGUUUACCCAAUGUUUCCAGCAUUUCAAGCCUGGGCUUUUAACCCCUGUGGAACCAGAACUCAAGGCCCUUCUCCAGCUCCUCCUCUGGAGGUUCACUGUCUACUCCAACAGCGCCACCGUGGGCCAGUCACUGCUCAACAUCCGGUACAAGAACACUCUGAUACCGGGUGAGAAGUACCGGCCCAUGAGCCGGCCACAGAAGUUCUGGUUCGCUCUGCUGACAGUCGGUGAAAAGUGGUUGAGGGAUCGCUCCAAUAGCUUGUUCCUCAACCACCCUGCAGAGUCCAAUGCACGCAAGGCCCGCAAGGUACUCGCUAUCUUGACGGGCCUCACCAAAGUGGCUAGCCUGGUCAACUUCCUGCUAUUCCUCCAAAGAGGAACCUUUCCGACCCUUACCGAAAGGUUGCUGGGAGUACAGCCCAUCUUCAGUCGACCCCAGGGCCCACGAGACAUCAACUUCCAGUUCUUGAACCGGGAGCUGUUGUGGCACGGCUUUGCCGAGUUCCUCAUCUUCCUGCUGCCUCUCGUAAACGUGUGGAAGCUGAAGGCUAGUGUCACCGCUCUGUUGUCCCCUCUGAAUGACCUGAGGGGAACGGAGGGUUCGGAGGAGACUUACUGCACCGAGUGCGCCAUCUGCGGGGAGUGGCCCACAAUGCCCCAUUCCAUCGGCUGCAACCACGUGUUCUGCUACUACUGCCUCAAGAGCCACACAAUCGCUGAUGUCAGCUUUACCUGCCCCAAAUGUGCCGCCAAGGUGGGAACGAUAGAGCCAGUCACCAUUCACGUAGGAACAGAGUUGCAUCAGAGUUGAGACUGUUCUUCAAACAGCCUGCUGAUUGACUUGAGAGACACAUACUGCAGUUUGAGUCUAUCACAGAGAUUGGUUGAUGAAAGUGUAUGACUUGUGCCUUUUUCUGAAACGAGCGUAUUUGUUGCCAUGAAAUAUGCAGAAUUUUGUACAAAGAGACAAACUUAAUGAUGUAAAAUUCUAAAACAACAUCAUUUGUGUCACUAAUUUAUUCAGCCUCAUUAAAGUUUGAUAGAAACUGUGUAUCAGAGGUCCACUUUUCUGCAUUCUUGGAUUGAGCGCCAAGCAAAUGAAUAAACAUCAAAACAAGCCUUUGCUCAACUGCCUGCACGAUCCAAUUCCCCUCAUCCCCUAUGAAGAGGGAAAUUUGCACAAGAUCAAGGAGAGGCCAUGAUAGCACCAGGGGGUAGUUGACUUGGAUGCAGAUUGACAGACAUCCCAUCAUAAUCUCCAUGGCCCUUCUUAAUACGCCAGUAAACUGUAACAAACCAGAGUAGGACCGAUGCAAGUUUCGGGGCAUAUUAUGCUUUAAGCCUAAUAAUGACUGCAAAGAUGGGUAUUUAUUCUGCUGUUAACUUUCUCCAGUGAGCCAUGCCUCAGGCCAAACACAUCCAAAUGGUCUCAGUCCUGCUGGAAACUCGCACUUCAGGUUUUUUCCCCUAGACCACAUUGCCUUAAUUGCCCAUUGUGAAGGCAAUCAAUCACUUCUCUGGGCACAAGGGGACCAGUGGUUUGCAAGAUUUUGUCAUUUUUUUUGUAAGCGCUGCUCUCAAGUUCACCAUGACAAAGAAUUGAAAAUUGGGACAUGGCACACCGGUCUGCCCUCAUGUGGGCUCAUUGACAUCAUUUUGUGUAUUGUCGAAUACCCAGGACCACCAAGAAGUGUAGUUCUCACUAUAAGCAGAACUAUCAAAGUUUACUUGUGCUCUAGGUUAGUAAUGUUACAAAAGAUUUUUAAUGUGCAACAGCGAAUGUUUAUACCCUUUGUUUUGUUUCAGAGGAUUAAAGGAAUUUGCCGCCACUGUUCUGGAAAUGUUCAGUAACGGUUGACGAUUUACAAUAUACACAACAUAUGGUUCUGGUGUUUUUCAUAUAGAUCGGGUCCAGGGAACAUCUGUCCUCAAAAUACAUUUGUUUAAAGACUUCAAAAGCAUCCAGAUAUAAUCUCGUAAAACACUUUAUACCAGGCACAAUAGACUAUUGUAUAUUUAUGUAGUUGCAACAAAUGAGAUUACAUUUGCAUUUUAUUAAACUGUAUUAAUAUAUUUGCUGAGUUUAUUAUAGGCAUGAUGACAUAAUGUUCAAAAACUAGGUUUGAUUGUUUAAAGUUUUAAAUAAUUAGUUUAAAAUUUGGUUGGUUGGUUGGAUGGUUGGAUGGAUGGAUGAAUGGAUGGAUGAAUGGAUGGAUUUUCCAAGCAAUAUCAUAUAUUUUUUGUAUAUAAUGUGUAUUUUACAAAUAUUUUCACACACUUGACAUCACAUUGAUUUAAAUGCAAAUAAUUUGUACCAUUAUUCUGUGUAACACAUCAUCUAAGAAGUCGGCCCUCAUUUUGCACUUUAUCAUCUCCAAAGCUCAUUUACACUCAGGGUUGCACUGUCUCCAAUCAGCAUUAAAAUCUUCAAGCUUUGACACCAUUUACUUUUGCCAAUUGCCCACUUUUUUUUUUUUUUUUUUUUUUUUUUAAACAUACACGCUGUUACAGCGUGUUACAGCAGACAAGGCCAGAUUCACACUUUGAAGAGUGAUCCUGCUCAUUACAAUCGACACAUUCUUGAUCCUUUGAUGUCGGACAUUGAGUUCUCUGAUUAACAGGUGUGAAUUUAAAGAGCUCUAUUUUAGAAUGUGUAAUGCUACUUACCCUUUGCUGCUAUUCUUUGCUUAAAUAGUAGUUCAUAGCGUACCAAAAGGCAUAUUUGUUAUCUAGGUUUAAAUUCUGUGACUGAGAGUUUGUUUUUGUGCGUGCUUGUCUGUGAAAGGCAAAAGUCAUUAAAAACAAAUAAAACAUCUGAGAUAAAAUA